CCACCUGUUAGUCCGUCUCCCUCGCUGCUCUGCGCUGGAAUCUCCUCUUCUUCGUCUUUUUUUAUGAGGACUUUCACACUUGAUCUAAGUCUUUCUACCUUCAUCCCAAUGACUGUGCGGAAAGGAAAAACUCUAGCCAUCACCAUCCAGGAGCACAUGGCCAUCGACGUCUGUCCGGGGCCGAUCCGGCCCAUCCGCCAAAUAUCGGCCUACUUCCCCCGUCUCUCGCCCACUUCCUCCUUCUCGGAGCCACUGUCUCCCAAUCAGACAGGAGCUGCUUCCGCCCUCAGUCCCAGUAGUGCAGGUCAAGUUGGAGCUGGAGGAGGGAGUGGCGGCCUGCUGUCACCGUUGUUAGCGGCAGGAGGCUGUGGCGGGGGCGGAGGCUCGCUCUCUGCUAUGAGCAGCAUUGACACCUCCAUCGAGGUCGACAGCUGUGACAGCGACGAUAACACCUCUUUGGGGACAUUGGCGUUCGACCUGCUGUAUGACAGAGCCAAAAGCUCCUUGCACUGCACUGUCCUCAAGGCCAAGGGACUGAAACCCAUGGAUUUCAACGGCUUGGCUGAUCCCUACGUAAAGCUGCACCUUCUGCCCGGAGCUUGCAAGGCCAACAAACUGAAAACCAAGACUGUGCGCAACACCCUAAACCCUGUUUGGAAUGAGACGCUUACAUACUGCGGCAUCACCGAGGAAGACAUGUAUCGAAAAACUCUAAGGGUGUCCGUGUGUGACGAAGACAAGCUGACCCAUAACGAGUUCAUCGGAGAGUCACGGAUUGCGCUGCGCCGAGUCAAGCCCGACCAGACCAAGCACUUUAACAUCUGUCUGGAGCAUCCGCCUCCUCUGCCCUCACCCACGGCAAUGAGCACGGCCCUAAGAGGAAUCUCCUGCUACUUGAGAGAGUGGGAGGCAGAGCAACAGAGAAGUCUGGAGGAGAGAGGCCGCCUGCUGCUAUGCCUGCAGUACCUGCCCCCGGCUGACGAGGAUGACACUGAUGGUAAAGGCGAGGCCAAGGAGAAGAACAGCGGCGGCUUGUGCGUGGGCGUCAAACGCUGCGCACACCUGGCCGCCAUGGACGUCAACGGCUUCUCCGACCCCUAUGUUAAAACGUACCUCAAGCCAGAUGUUCAAAAGAAAUCCAAGCACAAAACGGCUGUUAUCAAAAAGACCCUCAACCCAGAGUUUAAUGAGGAGUUCUUCUAUGAAAUCUCCUUCUCAGAGCUUGCCACCAAGACGUUAGAGGUCACCGUUUGGGAUUACGACCUCGGGAAGUCAAACGACUUUAUCGGGGGCGUCUCCUUAGGGUGCCACUCGCAGGGGGAGACCCUGCAGCACUGGAUAGACUGUCUGAAAAACAAGGGCAAGAAAGUGGAGCGCUGGCACACGUUGACCAACGAGCUGCCCGGCUCUACCUUGCAGGAAUGAAGCGCAUCUCUCAGAACUGAUACCCUGCUGUGACAACACGUCUGAAGAGGGCGAAUGAUGAACGAAUCGGAUCGUCCCAUUCCCGUUUGGAGGAUUUUUUGCAUGACUGUCAAAGGCAAACAGCUGCCUGAUGUUGUGUCAUAAAGCAAAACAUGUCAUCACAUUGAAAGACAAUGGGUUGAAUCACACAUCAAAACACUUGCCUGCACAAAGCUGCUUUUUAAUCCAUCCAUCCAUCUUCUUCCGCUUAUCCGAGGUCGGGUCGCGGGGGCAGCAGCCUAAGCAGGGAAGCCCAGACCUUCCUCUCCCCAGCCACUUCGUCCAGCUCUUUCCGGGGGAUCCCGAGGCGUUGCAGGCCAGCCGGGAGACAUAGUCUUCCCAACGUGUCCUGGAUCUUCCCCGUGGCCUCCUACUGGUCGGACGUGCCCUAAACACCUCCCGAGGGAGGCGUUCGGGUUGCAUCCUGACCAGAUGCCCAAACCACCUCAUCUGGCUCAUCUCGAUGUGGAGGAGCAGCGGCUUUACUUUGAGCUCCCCCCGGAUGGCAGAGCUUCUCACCCUAUCUCUAAGGGAGAGCCCUGCCACCCGGCGGAGGAAACUCAUUUCGGCCACUUGUACCCGGGAUCUUGUCCUGUCGGUCAUAACCCAAAGCUCAUGACCACAGGUGAGGAUGGGAACGUAGAUCGACCGGUAAAUUGAGAGCCUCACCUUCCGGCUCAGCUCCUUUUUCACCACAACAGAUCGAUACAGCGUCCGCAUUACUGAAGACGCCGCACCGAUCCGCCUGUCCAUCUCACGAUCCACUCUUCCCUCACUUGUGAACAAGACUCCGAGGUACUUGAAUUCCUCCACUUGGGGCAGGGUCUCCUCCCCCCUUUUCCAUGGACUCGGACUUGGAGGUGCUGAUUCCCAACCCAGUCGCUUCACACUCGGCUGCUUUUUAAUUACCCUUUUAUUUGGGACGCUUGGCUAUUUUUUGUGGAUUUUAGUGUCAACUGAAAAAUCUGUUUACAGGUAUUGUUAGGCUACAAACGGGCGGAAUACUUAGCUGAGGAACUUUGGAAAAAGUCGAUUGGGAAAAGUUAGGACAUUUUCAAUAACAGCAUUUUUACAAACAACAUAAUACAAAGCAUUUAGGUAAGUUUUACUUUGAUUAAGGGCAGUUACACAUGCAAAAGUACAUUACAAUGAUCUUAUUUUUGUGUCAUACAAAGACAAACAUGCUGGCUAGCAUUGUGAUGUAUUUGUAAUAUUUUCUUUUGUUUGGCAUAAGAGUAUAUUUGUUUUCCCUGAUUUUUCUUAGAUAAGAUAACACUUUAAAUAUUAUUUAGAUUCCUUUAAUUUAGACUUAUUUUCUGCUCAAGUAUUUUUGGUGCACAUUGACUAAAUUUCAUUUUACAUUUUCAAUU